AGCGCCUUUGCUCAAGACCUGGGCAGCUCGCGUGUGAUGCUGGCCCAGGCUUCCGCCUUCAUCAGUUUGCUGCCGACAGUGCUGGGUGCGAUCCCCAGCUGUGCAGUUGCGGGUGAAGGAUAUGAUGAUCCGGUCGUCACCUCUGUGAAUGGUGGCGUUGGAGUGUUGGACUCUGCGACCUGCCAAGCUGUCUGCGCCAAGCGCUUGGAUUGCUCCGUCUUUACCUAUUACAAAAGCAAUGGAGGCUGUUGGCUGCAGGGCGCCGGCUUGACGUCGAAGCCGAUGGCUGGUGUUGUCAGUGGUCCGCGGACUUGCGACCAGCCCCCGGUUCCAGCUCCUCUGCCAGCGCAGGCAGACAUGUCGCCUUCUCCUGCCCCAACGCCACGCUUCCCAGCUGCGGCUGCCGGUAUGGACGUAGCAGCGGAGGCCGACAUGGACCCAGCGGAUGCUGUGACGACGCCAAUGCCGCCAAGAUUCAUAAAGGCUGGUGAUGCCCUCUACUUUGCUGAGGGCAACACUCCACGAAGGGUCCACCUGGUGCGCUUCCAUUGCGUCGGUUGUGAAAGUGCUUGCAAGAAUUACAUCCAUGUGAAUCCGGACUAUGUUGCCAGCUUGGAGCAGGACGUGGACUUCAAUUGCGACAUGCUAACCACCACCACUGCACCAGAGCCCGAACUCCAGCCGUUGCGGGUCAAGCAUCAGGAUUCUCAUGGAUGGCUGUGGCCGUUGCUCAUUUGUCUUUUGCUGUGCUGUGUGGGUGGCUUCCUCCUGGCCUGUGAUCAGAACUGGCACAGGCGAGCGAGAAAAGACAAAGACCGGGAAGGCCGACACUCUGAGCGACAACCGCUGACAGGGAGUGCCGUGCAAGGAGGCCGCCUGCAGCUCUGCCAGAGGCAGUGCUGGGCCCGGGGCCUCCCAUCACGGGCGUGGCUUAUUUGCCUCCCCCAGAGAAGAAGCCACCACGGCUCUUUGCAGCCUAGGGCACUGGCCAAAGUCGCUGAGAGAGCGAGGCUUUGGCGGCUUUGGCUCGAUAGGCUGUAGCUAAUGAACCCAAAGGGAAGCGCUUCAAGAUGUCCAAGG